AUCCAGCUCAACUUUUGUGCAGCUCUUCGGGAAAUUUCCAGAUUUUCAUCAAAUUAAUACAAUUUUCCUCAAAUCACUACGAUGGAAAAGAAAAAGGUCGAACCCCGCAAGGAGGAAGUAGAGCUGGAAACGCAACUAAUCAUGCGGAUGCCGGUGGAACCCGCUCGCGUCCUCCGCGAGGCCAUCCAGAGUGGGGCUAACAACCUGAAGGAUCGACUCACGAUCCGGCUGGAUAAUGAUUUGCGGUACGGUGAGGUGCGGUUUGACCACUGGCUGCUGCACGUGAAAGUUGUGGAUCUUCCGACGAUUGUCGAGUCGCUGAAGACGAUUGAUAACAAGAAUUUCUACAAAACUGCCGAUUUGUGCCAGAUUAUGAUUUGCAAGGAGGAACCGGAUCUGCCGUCGGCGGAGGAGGAAUCCCCGAACAAGAACAAGAAAAAGGACCCGAACAAGGUGGACAAGAAGUACCUUUGGCCGCACGGAAUAACGCCGCCGUGCAAGAACGUCCGCAAGCGCCGCUUCCGGAAGACGCUGAAGAAGAAGUACGUUGAGGCGCCGGAAAUCGAGAAGGAGGUGAAGCGUCUGCUCCGGGUGGACAACGAAGCGGUCAAUGUCAAGUGGGAUUUGAUUACGGAGGACGAAGAUCCGAACAAGACAGGUGGGGAUGAUAAGAAGGACUUUAACGCGCCGAACAAGAGUCCUUCGAAGGGAAGCAAGAAGAGCGCGGCCAACAAGGACGUCGGCGAGCACGACAUCUUCGGCGAGGAGGUUUCGGACUCGGACGAGGACGACAAUCCGAUCAACAAGAGCAUCGACAUCGAUGAGAGUAGCCGGCUGUCGGCGGAGGCCGAGGACAGUCGCCUGUCGGACUCGAGCUCGUUCCAGGGCACGCAAUCGUCGGAUCGGCACGGCGCCACGGAGUUCAAGAAGGGCAUGUUCAGCGGGGGAGCUGGCGAGGGAAGCAGCGGUCGAUCGCGCAGCAAGAUGGAGUCGGGAUCGGUUUCGAAGUACGGGGACAACUCUCGGCUGGACUCGGACAACGAGGAAUCGUCCGAGUUUAUGGCGUCCUCGCGGGACACGGUGAGCAGCCGGCUGUACGAACUGCGCCGGCAGUUGAGCGAUCUGAAGACGCAGCGCAUCCAGAAGGAGCAGGAGAUCCGUACGAUCGAGAACCAGACGCUGCGGCAGCGCUUGCAGGACAAUCUGGACAGCGUGAUGAGCCAGAUCGUGGAGAAGGAGAUGGAGAUUCAAGAGCUGGAGAUGAUGCAGUGAAGAUUCGAUUCUAAGGUAACUUUUAAACUUUCUUUAUUAAAAAUUGUGCUUUAAAUGCCGAUCUAUAUGAAUGCA